UCACUCACCACAACCAUUACCUUUGAAUCUACCUUGUCAAGAUCUACUCGAUGAAGGAAGAAGUAAAGAGUACCUAGAAAUCUGUUUUCCUCUCUAUGAAGCAUCGAUGAAAGGUAACUGGAAAGCUGCUAAAGACAUUUUCGAGAAACAUGAAGAGCUUGUACGGUUUAGCAUCAAUAGAAACUGUGAAACAACACUUCACGUUGCAGCAUAUGAAGGAAACACCUUGUUCGUGAAAAACCUGGUGACUUUGAUGGAAAAUAAGGAUAUGGAGCUUCAGAAUAGCAGUUCCAACACUGCUCUAUGUUUAGCAGCUGUAGCUGGACAUGUGGAAAUGGCUGAAAUUAUGGUGACCAAGAAUAAGACCCUGUUGGAUAUUGCUGGUAGCGAAGGAAAGAUGCCACUUUAUAUGGCGGCUUUAUCUGGAAGGCAUGAUAUGGUGAAGUAUCUGUAUGAAAAUUCUGAAAGAAUGACCGGUGGGUUUUGGACACAUGAGAGUCGGGGUUGUGUUCUUUUAUCAUGUGUUGAGGCCGAGCUAUUUGAUGUCGCACUACAAAUAGUGAAUGAUCGCCCAGAACUUGCUGUAAGUGGAGGGAUUGUACUCGGUGUUCUGGCUCGUAAGCCUCAUGCAUUUAUGAACAAGCGUACUUUCAUUGAGAAAUUGACGAAUAAAUAUAAGCGACUCAUAGAUGAGGAAAAUCAAGCACUGAAGUUGCUUCGAAUCAUUUGGGCACACAUUGUGAAAUUGCCCAAGGCUAAAAUUGAUGACAUACUAAGAGGGCCUGCUGACCCAAUCAUGGAAGAUGAUAAGCUAACUCAAAAAUAUUCCUCCAGAAUAUUAUUUGUAGCUGCAGGAAUGGGCAACACCGCAUUUAUAGUGGAGCUAAUUCGUCAAUAUCCUGAGCGAGUACUCGAGCUAGAUGAUAAUAACCAAACUAUAUUUCAUGUUGCUAUCUCACAUCGUCAUUUCAGCAUCUACUCGUUAUUGUAUGAGAUAGGCUCCAUCAAGGAUUCUGUAAUUAAUCUUGAAGACGGAAAAGGAAAUAAUAUGUUGCAUUUAGUAGGGAUCCUUGAGGAGACAACAAUGAUCAUGAGUAAUCAACUUCAAAACAUUUCUGGAGCAGUUCUACAAAUGCGACAAGAACUCGUAUGGUUCGAGCUACAUCUUUCUGAAGUAAAGGCUAUACUCCCUCCUUCACUUCGAGAAAAGAAGAACACAGCCGGUCUAUCACCCCAUGAAUUGUUCACCGAGAAUCAUAAAGGUCUAGUUUCCAAAGCACUUAUUGUGACCGUAUCUUUCGCGGCUGCUAUAACGUUUGUAGGUGGAUACAACCAAGAUAAUGAUUACAUCACUGUCUCCUCCAUUGCUCACUGUCGCCGUCGCCCUUCGUCUUCGUUGCCACCGCCGUCGCCCUUCGUCUCCGUUGCUCACCGUCGCCCUUCGUUUCCGCUGCUCACCGUCGCCGUCGCCCUUCGUCUCCGUUGCCACCGCCGUCACCCUUCGUCUUUGUUGCUCACCGUCGCCGUCGCCCUUCGACUCCGUCGCCCUUCGUCUCCGUCGCCCAUCGUCAAUAGGUAA